AUUCAUGAGAAAAAUAAAUGGCAUCAUGGACCUUGUAAAAGGGUUUAGGUGAUAGGUAUCUUGCUAAUUAGCUUUGAUAAUUUUAAAAUUUUUUUUGUUCACUUGAUAAGUUUAAUUAAGUUAGUAUAUAUUCUCAGAUCUUCUCUGACUUUGACUUUUUUGGUUGUGUUGCCUCGUUUGUCUGUAAGUUUCCUUCUUCAUCAAUUUUCUUAAUUUUUGUUUUUGUUUUCUCAAUUUCGACAACCCUAAAAACUAAUUUAAUUCUCGUUUUCGCAGCAAUGAACAACAACAACAACAACAACUAAGAUCCGAAAAUCUCUCAACAAUUCUACCAUCUUUCUUCUUUACUGACCAAGUCUUACCUUUUAUCCUCGGAAUCAACAAUGUUCAUCUAAGUAGUUUGUGUUCAGAUCUACAAACACUCUCUGCUUUUGAUCUUAGCUUUUAUAUAUGCUCCACAAUUGGUCUCAAACUGCAUUGUGGAAUCGUUACAGUGUUGCUGCUCUCUGAGUCAUGGGCUGCAUUUGCUCCAAAGGAGUAAGAACUAACGACGAUUACAUCGAAACUUGCAAGAAACAAUCGACAAACCACGAGAAUCUUGAUUCGGACAAAACAAGCGUUAACAGAAGAAACGAAGCUACAUUCAGGCUAAUACCUAACGGCAACAAGAACGUCCUCUCUGAUGACGAGGAGGACAAGGAGAGCUUUGUGUCUCAGAAAGAAGCAACAGUGAAGUUACUUGACAAUGUAGGACCAUUACAGCCAAGAAUGAGUAGAAUCGGUAACGGAGACAGAACAGCUAAGGUUGUUGCUGGUUGGCCUUCUUGGUUGGUUUCAGUAGCUGGCGAGGCUCUCAAUGGUUGGCUUCCUCGCAGUGCUGAUUCCUUCGAGAAGUUAGAGAUGAUUGGGCAGGGGACGUAUAGCAAUGUGUACAGAGCACGUGAUCUUCAAACUAACCAAAUCGUUGCUUUGAAGAAGGUUCGGUUUGCUAACAUGGAUCCAGAGAGUGUUCGGUUCAUGGCUAGAGAGAUAAUCAUACUUCGUAGGCUUAACCAUCCAAACGUUAUGAAACUCCAAGGGAUCAUCAUUUCAAAGGCUUCAGGGAGUAUGUAUCUUGUGUUUGAGUACCUGUACCAUGAUCUUACAGGGCUUGCUUCAACCCCUGGGAUUAAGUUCUCCCAAUCACAGAUUAAGUGCUAUGUGAAGCAGUUGCUGCUUGGGUUAGAACAUUGCCAUAGCUGUGGUGUGUUGCACCGUGACAUCAAGGGAUCGAAUCUUCUGCUAGACCGUGACAAUAAUCUCAAGAUUGCUGAUUUUGGUCUUUCUACUUUUUGCCAACGGAAACAGCCUCUGACUAGCCGUGUUGUGACCUUAUGGUACCGUCCUCCUGAGCUUCUACUCGGUUCUACAGAUUAUGGAGUUACGGUUGAUCUGUGGAGCACAGGAUGCAUUCUUGCUGAACUCUUUACUGGAAAGCCUCUUCUUCCCGGGAGAACAGAGGUUGAACAAAUGCACAAGAUCUUUAAACUCUGUGGGUCACCUUCUGAAGAGUAUUGGAGAAGAUCAAGAUUGCGGCAUGCAGCUAUCUUUAAACCUCAACAUCAGUACAAGCGAUGUUUAGCUGACACGUGUAAGGAUCUUAUCCCUCCUUCAGCUUUGGCUCUCCUUGAGGUUCUUUUAGCUGUAGAGCCAGAAUCACGUGGAACCACAUCUUCUGCUCUUCAAAGCGAGUUCUUUACAACAAGGCCUUUUCCAAGCGAGCCAUCAAGUUUACCGAGAUAUCAUCAGCCAAGGAAAGAGUUUGAUAUCAAGCUUCGUGAAGAGGAAGCAAGACGAAGGAAAGGUGCGAGCAAUAAACAGAAUGAAGCCAAACGUUUUUCAAGAGAAUCUAAAGCUGUACCUGCUCCUAGUGCCAAUGCUGAGCUACUGGCGUCAAUACAGAAACGUCUAGGGGAGACUAACCAGACAAGUGUGAGUGAGAAGUUCAAUCCUGAAGGAGAUUCUGGUUUUGGCUUCCGGAUCGAACCACUGGAGGGUAUUACUACUGCACCAAAUCUUAACGGAUCAAGCCAGCUGAGAACACAAAGGUCUUAUGUGCAACGUGGGGGAGCCCAAUUGUCAAGAUUCUCAAACUCUGUAGCACCUAAUAGAGAUGGUUCACAGUUUGGUAGUGUGAGAGACGCGUUAGUGAAUCAACGCUGUCUUGAAGAUGGUUCAGGGAAUUGCAAUUUGUCCCAAAGGUUGCUUGAGAAACCUAAUGGUUUGAAGAAAGAAGAUGACUCCUCAUCAUCUAGCAAAGAAUCAAUACCGGGCUAUGGAGGUGGGAAGAGAGAGAGGAUUCAUUACUCAGGACCAUUGAUUCCAGGAGAAGGAAACUUGGAUGAGAUGUUGAAAGAACACGAGAGACAGAUCUUGUUGGCUGUACGUCGAGCUCAAUCUGAUAAGGCUAAGAGGGACGAUAACAUUCAGGGCCGCCGAGCCUCCCUUAUGGGUAAUGGAAGGAUCAUCAGACGAGCUGCUCACCGCCUUUCUUCUCAGUCUUUUCUUGUGCUGCUGGUCCAUGUUUCUUUUCGAUUUUACUGUCUGCAAUUCUCUCUCGAGGGCUACACAAGACUCUUCCCAGAUAGUGAGAAGCAAUUGCCAAUAAUAUGAUUGCUAUGACGAUCAAACACCAUUCCCAGAUUGGAACUUCCAUUUUCUUGGUCACACAGAGAGGAAGAGAGAAAGGUGCUUGAACGUUGUUGGUACUGUUGACCAAAAGACAGAUGAUUGUGAAGAAAUGAUACGCAACGACUUGUGGAAGGUAACCAAUUUUAUAAACUUUCAUAGAAGAAAGAAAAUUUAUAUAA